UUCCUUUCUUUCUCCAACCAACUUUCUCUUCUCCUAUUCCUUCCUUUCCAAUUGUUCCUUUUUCUUUUUCUUUCAUAAAAGUUACUAUUAUAUCCUCCCUUUCUGCUUUCUUUCGCUCACAAGACAAAGUUGAACGAAAUGAAGUCUUUCGGUUCUGUAACUGGUUUUGUCUUGCCAGACCCAAAGAAUAGGUUGCUCCUUUGGAGUGUCCUCAUCUUGGUUUCAUUGAUUUCUGGUGCUUAUUUCGUUGGUAAUGCAUUCUUUGCAAAGGAAUACAAACAAAGAUUAGCACGAUGGGGGCUAAUUCAUACAAUGCCACAUUCAAAAUUUAAUGCGUGCAAGAGACAAUGCUUGCCUUUUGGAAGUGAGGCAUUGCCUGAAGGAAUUAUUGCUAGAACAUCUAACUUGGAAAUGCGGCCCUUAUGGGACUCUGGUAAAGAUAAUAGAAUUUUAAAACGCCCAUUGAACUUGUUGGCUAUGGCAGUAGGACUUAAGCAGAAAGAAAUAGUCAACAAAAUUGUUGAAAAGUUCUUGUCAAGUGGUUUUGUUGUGAUGCUUUUUCAUUAUGAUGGUUUUGUGGAUGGAUGGAAGAGUUUAGCCUGGAGCAGUUGUGCCAUACAUGUAUCUGCUAUCAAUCAAACAAAAUGGUGGUUUGCAAAGCGGUUUUUGCAUCCAGACAUAGUUGUUGAAUACAAUUAUAUAUUUCUUUGGGAUGAGGAUCUUCUUGUUGAUAAUUUUGACCCAAAAAGGUAUUUAUCUAUUGUUAAAGAAGAAGGACUUGAGAUAUCACAGCCAGCUCUGGAUCCUACCAAAUCUGAAGUACAUCAUCCACUGACAGUCCAUAAAGCAGUAUCAAAAGUGCACAGAAGGUAUUAUAAAUUAAAAGGUAGUGGAAGGUGUGAUGACAAAAGCACUGCUCCUCCUUGCAUUGGUUGGGUGGAAAUGAUGGCACCAGUGUUUUCUAAGAAGUCUUGGCAAUGUGUAUGGCAUUUGAUCCAGAAUGACUUAAUCCAUGCAUGGGGCCUGGAUAGGCAGCUUGGCUAUUGUGCACAGGGAGAUCGAAUGAGAAAUGUUGGUGUGGUUGAUUCUGAGUACAUAGUUCAUCUGGGUCUGCCUACUCUUGGGGGCUCAAAUGGCAAUGAGGCGCCAUCAGACUCCCCAGGAGAUAAUAGAGCUAAAGUUAGGAUGCAGUCAUACAUUGAAAUGCAGGUUUUUGGUAAAAGGUGGAAAGAUGCAGCAGAGAAAGACAAAUGUUGGAUUGAUCCGUAUGAACAGGCAAACAAGACAAGCCAUUAGUGUAUUUUGUGAGGCUUUAAGUGAUCAAAAUCCAAGUACAGUGUCCAUGUUCAUAAUCAGCUUUUGUUUUCUAGUCUUCGUUAGAGCUUUUGAUUUGAUAUCUCAGGUGUGGGAUCUCGUAAGAGUUUGCAGGAACAUUGCUUCCUUUACCAUUAUUUUACUUUCGUUUUGUCAUCAAGCCAUUCAUUUCCUUAAAUAUUGGUGUACAUAGGGUGGUAUAGAGUUGUUUAUAUGGCAGCAGAAAAAUGUGGCAUAGAUUUUUUUUUUCAUCCGUGAAGUCAAUGUAAAGCGGUUGCUUGUAUGAAAUAAUCUAUAAUUUUCUCGGAUCCAAUUAGCUUUACACCUUAUUCUUGGUA